AUGGCGUCGCCGAAAAGUAGUGACUGGAUUUACGAGAAAGCUACGCUUCUGCUGAAGAGCGUGUUUGGCUUCAGUGAGUUCCGACCCGGUCAAUUGGAAGCUAUACGAUCAGUGGUACACGGAAACGACACGGUUGUUCGCUUGACGACCAGCGCUGGGAAGUCACUGUGUUACCAGCUACCUCCACUCAUUGCGGGUAGUAAUUUGUGUUGCCUGGUAAUAAGUCCGCUGCGUGCACUGAUGAAUGAUCAGCUACACAGACUUAGACAGUUUGCAACAUGUCCAGUGAUGGUGCUUACAGCAACAGCAACAAAGGCUACCAUUGAUGUCAUAGCUGAGAGAGUUGGGCUUGAUCAUCCCAAAGUUAUCAGAGGAUCCUUAAACAGAUCUAACUUGUUUUUUCUGUUCAUGAAGAAAAAGGCAACAACUGAGUUCAGUUUAAUGCCUAUUAUUGAAGACCUACGACAAGAAAGCAAUGACUUCAAAAAGACGGUUAUCUUUGUUCGAACAAAGGAAUCAGCCACUGCCAUUUGGCAGAUGUUGUCGAAGACUGGGCUUGCAGAAAUACACCAUUCUUCUCUCACCACAGAGAGAAGAAGACAGUCAGAGAGCCAGCUCAAAAAUUCACAGGUCUCGGUAGUUGUUGCUACCAUUGGAUUUGGCAUGGGAAUCGACAUAAAAGACAUCCGAUUGGUAAUCCUCUAUGGGCUACCUGACUCUAUUCCACAGAUGUUCCAGGUAUUUUUUAUCCAUGGUGUGUGA